CGGCGCUUUCACGGUUCCUAUUGGGGCAUCCCUUAUGUCAUUCAACGGAGAAAUACAACCGUUGCUGCGUGUUUUGUUGACAUCCGAUCAUCCUACGCAUCAUUGAAGCUUUUCUGGCUAUAUCUUUAAUUUAAAUGGCUUCAGGUUACCGAAAAUCAGCUUCUAUGGCUGGUCAGCGGAAAAAGGCAAGUCCCAAAGUCGAACUGACAGAGCAGCAAAAGCAAGAAAUUAAAGAGGCUUUUGAUCUCUUUGACGCAGAUGGCACUGGAACAAUUGAUGUGAAGGAGCUAAAGGUUGCCAUGAGAGCGCUCGGGUUCGAACCAAAGAAAGAAGAGAUCAAAAAAAUGAUUGCAGACAUUGAUAGAGAGGGCUCAGGAACAAUUGACUUCAAUGACUUUCUUAGUAUGAUGACACUGAAAAUGAGUGAAAAGGACUCUAAAGAAGAAAUUCUGAAGGCUUUUCGGCUGUUUGAUGAUGACGGCACAGGAAAAAUCUCUUUCAAUAAUCUCAAAAGAGUUGCAAAGGAGCUGGGUGAAACCCUCACAGAUGAAGAAUUGCAGGAAAUGAUCGACGAGGCUGACCGAGAUGGAGAUGGUGAAGUCAACGAGCAGGAGUUCUUGAGAAUAAUGAAGAAGACCAAUCUUUACUGAACCCGAUGAGUGCGUUUCGGUCUUGAUGUUUGUCAUCUUUGAUUCUAUCAGAACAGUUUAUACAGUAGCUUUUUUUGGACCUUUUGGGGACAGGUUUCUACACUUUAAAUAUUUUAGAAUGCUUUAUCUUUGCACUGAUUUUUUCUACAAUGCAAGACAAAUAAAUAUAUUUCUCCACA